CUGAGUCCCUCCCACCGAAUCUGCAGGGGCCAGGGGAGGCAGCUGGGAGGAAAGCCCCAGUUGGUGAGAGGUACCGUCACAGCAGGCCAGGCGCCAGCGUCUCCCCAUGGGGUGGCUUCGCUCUGGCCUCCCGUUCCCUGUGAGCUGCCUGGCGCUGGUGUGGGUGGCCGGCUGUGGGAGCCUCAAGGUCCUGCAGAAGCCCACCUGCUUCUCAGAUUACCUCAGCCUGUCUACCUGCGAAUGGCAGCUGGACCAGGCCCUGGAAUGCAGAGCAACACUCCACCUGUUCUACCAGCUCCUGUUCAACCCGGAUCCCUAUGAAGAAAGCCACGUCUGUGUCCCCGAGAACAGUGCCGCUGCGGCAUGCGUGUGUCACAUGGGCCUGGAGAACCUGGUCACCAGUGACACCUACCAGCUGGACCUGUGGGCCGGGAGGCAGCUGCUGUGGAGAUACAACUUCACGCCCAGCCAGCACGUGAAGGCCAGGGCCCCGGUGAACCUCACGCUCAGCACCAAUGUCUCCAGCGGGUGGCUGCUGUCAUGGAGCAACCUGUACCCGCCCUGGAACUACCUGCACAACAGGCUCACCUACCAGGUCCACGUCGCCAGCGAGAGCCAGCCAGAGCAUGUCAAAGUCUACAACGUGACUUACAAGGAGACCACCUUGCACCUGGAAGCCCGAGACCUGGCGUCCGGGGUCACCUACACGGCACGGGUGCGGGCCCUGGCUCAGCUGGACGGCAGCACCUGGAGCGCAUGGAGCCCCGGCGCCACCUGGGAGAACUACUACGGGCAGCCCCUGGAGCAGCGGCUCAAGAUGGGCCUGGUCAUCGCCUGCUUCGUGGUGGCACUCGUCUGCCUGUCCUGCUACUGCAGCGUCACCAGGAUUAAGAGAGAGUGGUGGGACCAAAUUCCCAACCCUGCCUGCAGCCCUGCGGUGGCCAUUGUCAUUCAGGGUCCCCAGGUGUCGGCGUGGGAGAAGCGACCACGGGGCCAGCAGCCCGGCAAAUGCCCGCACUGGAAGACAUGUCUGACCAAGCUCCUGCCCUGUUUGCUGGAGCAUGGUGUGAAAAAGGAUGAAGACCUCCCGAAGGCUGCCAGAAAUAGGGCUUUGAACGGCCCCGGGAAAUCAGCAUGGUCCCCUGUGGAAGUCAGCAAGACCGUGCUCCUGCCAGAGACCAUCAGUGUGGUGCGGUGUGUGGAGCUGUUUGAGGCCCCAAGAAAGGCAGAGGAGGAGGACGAAGAGGAGGAGGAGGAGGAGGACGAGGAGGAGGGUGAAAAGGACUUCGGCACAUCUGUGGAGAGCGGCCAGGGCUUCACGGACGGCAGGGAGGGCAUCGCAGCGCGGCUGACCGAGAGCCUGCUCCUGGGCCUGCUGGGCGCCGAGGAGGGGGGUCCCCGAGUGCGAGGGUGUCCUAGGCACGGGCUCCUUGUCACCCAUCAGCCGGGGGCCCUGGACCUGCCCGCGCCACCAGGCACCUGCGGGAGGCAGCGGUGCAAAUUGGACACAGCUGUGUCCCGAAGUGCACCGCAGCUCCGACGCUGCCGCCUGCCUCCCCUGAGUCUGCAGCAGGCAGCCCGACCCCGGCCCCUUUCUGGACAAGGACGGGAAGGGGUGAGCUCCUCGGUCGCUGCUGCCCCCUGGUGGCCGGAGUUGGCCCAGCGCCUGGCUCCGUCCUGGGCCAGGAUCCAGGCCGCAGAAGCAGGCGGGCACCGGCCCCACCUCUCCUCCCUCCGCAGCCCGAUGGGUGGGGUCCCCUGGGUGCUGGGUGGCCCGGACUGCUGCACCCCACCUCGCCUGUACAAUGGUAACAUCGGUGCCCGUCUCAAGCUUCAGACGCUGCUGUCUGCGAGCCCUGAGAGCGGAGCCCCCUGGACGCACCCGCGGACCGCGGCAAGCGGCACACAGCCCUGCACCCCGGAAUCCACGCAGUCACAGCGGUAA